CUCUCUCUCUCUCUCUCUCUCUCUCUCUCUCUCUCUCUCUCAGAGUAGCACUUUAUGUAAGAUGAUACCUGCGCGUGUGGGUGCACUGUACUGUAGCCUAUUAGCUCGAGCUCCCACUCGCUCUCCUGUUCCCGUUACCCGGUGAAUGAUAUCAACAGAGCGUUUUGCCCGUUCCCUACUGAGCGAAAGAGCACGCUUGAAAGGAGAAUAACGUCAGACCGCACAACUGAACGACAGCCAGAGCGCAUGGAACCAGAGAAAAUAUAGGCUACCCACAGCAACGGCGAGAGCACAUUGACAGGACAACGGGACGACUGUUUAUUCAAGUUGGACGGAUGAUUUAGCGAACACAAUUGAGUAGACUGCCCGGCGGAUGAUAAGCGUCCGGGACCGGUGCUGUCGAUUGUGCGAGGAGGCAAGUUAACGUUACCGGGGGAAGAAGAUGAAGUCGGCUGGGGUCGUGGAAGGAGGACUGUUCACAGAGAGUUACUGCAACAUCUGUAAUGCCCAACUCAUCUCCGAGUCGCAACGCACAGCACACUAUGAGAGUAAGAAACAUGCCAAUAAGGUCCGUCUCUUCUACAUGUUACACCCAGAAGACGGAGGCCCACCUUCCAAGAGACUGAGACCAGACAACCCUGACAGUGCAGAGACAGAGGUGGACAGCAAUAAGUGCUGUACGUUAUGUAAUAUGUUCUUCACGUCGGCCAUUGUUGCCCAGUCUCACUACCAGGGCAAGACACAUGCCAAGAGAGUACGACUGGUACUGGGAGAAACACCCAGCUUACCUACUGCUACCAACAGCCCUACCACCACAGACUCAUCCCCUUCCACCCCCCAGCCCAGCGACUCAAACCCUGCUCCUCCUGCCCUUCCACGGCCCUCCUCUCUAGCACCGCCGGUGGUGGUGGGUAGUGGUGGUAGUGGUGAGACAGGGAAGUACUGCUGUCUGUGUGGAGCGUGGUUCAACAACCCUCUGAUGGCCCAGCAACACUAUGAGGGGAAAAAACAUCGCAGGAAUGCAGCCAGAGCACAACUACUGGAGCAGCUAGCUGGCAGUCUGGACGCUACCGAAACUACAGGUCUCCGCAGCAGAUACUCCUGCAGUGUAUGUAGUGUUGUGUUGAACUCCAUUGAACAGUACCACGCACACCUCCAGGGCUCCAAGCACCAGAACAACUUGAAGCAGGUCCAGCAGUGAAGCACUGGAACCAGAGACCUGUGGACAUGUGGAGAAUGGGAAUACUAAACAUGGGAAGAGCAUUGUAAAACGAAAAUAAUAUUGGUUGUGGAAUUUUGGAAGACUGAGAGACUUCUACAGAUGGCUUAGGACUGUGUGUGUGUGUGUGUGUGUGUGUGUGUGUGUGUGUGUGUGUGUGUGUGUGUGUGUGUGUGUGUGUGUGUGUGUGUGUGUGUGUGUGUGUGUGUGUGUGUGUGUGUGUGUGUGUGUGUGUGUGUGUGUGUGCGUGCGUGCGUGCGUGCGUGCGUGCGUGCGUGCGUGUGUGUGUAUGUAUGUGUUUUUAAAUCUGACGAUGUCCUGGAGGUUACUGACCAUCUAAGUGUUUGAUAUGUGUACUUUGACCCCACAGCAGUCAGAAAACCAUUG